AUGAAGGCCUUCCUAAGGAGCUCGGAUGGCAUCUUGGCGCUCAGGCCAAAGAUAACGACGAUAGGAAGGCAUGAUGAGUCAGACAUCGUUCUUAAGUCUCCAGGGCUGGAAGACCACCACGCCGCCCUCGAAUUCAGCGACGCCGAGCACAGCUUCGUUCUUCGGGACUUCAACACCGGCAGUGGCUCCUUUGUGAACGACUGCCAGAUCCAGAACGUGGCCGUGAAGGUGGGCCAGGGAGACCUCCUGCGCUUUGGCUCCACUGGGCCCACCUUCGAGCUGGUGCUGGACCACCUGCCACAGGUGCCUUAUCCUCCAGUGAAUCGGCGCAUUGCCUGGCCGGGCCAAAUCCAGGUGGUUACAGAGGCAGCCUCCCCUCCUUCGGCAGCUGCUGCUCCUCAGUUUCCGUGGCUGCCCACUCAGCAGUCCUCACCCGCCAGCCCCAGCUGGCCCUAUUCAGCAAGCGGGGCCUCACCACGCCCCCCCCUCCGAAAAAGGCCUCCUGGAAGCGCCUGGGGCAGGACCGUCUCUUCCUCUGCCUUCUCUCCCGAGCUUUCCAGCUGGUCUCCAGCCACCCUCACAGGCAACGGAGCCCUCCCUGGCCCUCUCGCCAGCAGCCACCCGGGGGAUGUGCUGCUCAAAGAGAAGGAAGAGACCAUUUUGAAACUGGGGGAGGAGAUCAACCGCUUGUCCGCCUUCGAAAGCGAGUGCAGCCACAAGGACACGCUGAUCGCGGAGCUCCAGCGUGAGAUUUCGGCCAUGAACGAGAAGGUGGUGGCAACCCUGGCCAAGAAGGAUACCGAGUUCCAUCAGAAGCUGGCCAGCCUGGACAAAGAGUCCGAAGCCAAGGCCGAAGAGAUCAGGAGGCUGAAGGAGCAGGUGACCGGCAUGCAGAGAAACACCAGCGAAGUCUUGUACCACUCCCUCUCGGAGCGCGACCUGCAAAUCGCCCACUGGAAGCAGGAGAACGAAGCCCUGAAGAAGAGCUAUGCGCUCACCACAGGUGCCCGCUCCCUUCCGCUCCCUCCUCUGGGCCGCAGCCAGUGA